AAAUCAAGGCAGCUAUGUUGAGAGAGAAACUCAGCUGAGCUGAAUAUAUAUAUGUACUGCUAGAAGUACAGAGCACACUACACAUUCACUAUACAAGAAAAUUAAAGAAGAUUACAAGAAAACCUCUUCAAUCUUUAGCGUUGUUGUGUGGUGAAAAAAGCCAAAAAAGAAAAAUGGUGAGGCCGGAGAGACACAAAUGUAAGCUUUGUUCAAGGAGUUUUCCGAGUGGAAGAGCUUUGGGCGGUCAUAUGAGGUCCCAUUUGGCCAACUUGCCGCUUCCUCCCAAGACACCGCAAAAACAGGAAACCAGCAGCCAGCUCCCACCACAACCCGGUGGUGACGGCUCAACUGAGUCAACAACUUCAUCUGAUUGUUCUUUGUCAGAGGGGGAAGUAGUAGUAGUACAAGUGAAGGAAUGUGCAGCUGAAGAUAAAGGGCUGGUUUAUGGACUCAGAGAGAAUCCCAAGAAGAGCUUCAGGAUGGUAGAUCGUCAGUUCUUGGAUGGUGGUUCGGUGGUUGUUCAAGACAGAGGAAGCGAGACCGAGUCAACUAGGAAACCAACUCGGAGAAGAUCCAAGCGAACUCGGAGAAUGCUUGUGUCUGCUGCUGAACAAGAAGGAGCUGAUGAGGCACUGAUUAAGGAGAAGAAAAUGAUGAAGACAACUGAGUCAUUGUUGGAAUUGGAACAACCGGUGAGUUCGGUCUCUGACACUUCACCUGAAGAAGAUCUUGCUUUAUGUUUGAUUAUGCUUUCUAGAGAUGUUUGGAGGAGGACUAGUACAACUACUACUACUUCAUAUGACUCCGCAGAAGAGUUGAAACUCUUGAAUAGUAGUACUAAAAGGAGGCACCAGAAGCAGAAGAAGAUCAAGAUUAAUAAUAAUGAUUCUUCAUCUGGUCAAGAAGGUGAGUCCUCAGAGGAAUUAGAAUUACCAAGAAAUGGUGUUAGUAGAAGUUGUAGUAUUAAAAAUGUGACGGUGGACAAAAAAGUGCAUGAGUGCCCAUUUUGUGGCAAAGUUUAUGGGUCAGGUCAAGCUCUCGGUGGCCACAAAAGAUCACACUUUUUGGGUUCAUCAACAACAUUAACAACUACAACUACAGCAGCCACAACUGCUGCUGCAGCAGCAGCAGCGGCUGAGAGCUUGUUACUGGAAUCAUCAUCAAAUUCUGCUAAAUCUCAGCAAGGUACGUUGCUAAUGAUAGAUCUUAACUUGCCAGCUCCAAUGGAAGAUGAAGACAUUGACGAUGAUCAUCCUCAUGAAAGUGAAGACAUUAAUUUGCAUCAUAGAAGAGGCUUCUGCAGUUUCAGAUGCUGAUUUCACCAAUCCCAUCAACCAUUGACAAUCAACAAAUUUUAGAGAGUCUAUCAGUAUUCCUCCUUUGCUUUUUUAUUUUUAUUUUUUUAAAAAAGUAUUUCCUAUUUUUGAGUUUCUUUGUGGCAAUAUGGUCGAUUCAGUUUUUAUCUAUUUGUAGGAAUGCAUUAACUUCAAAUUGCCAAUGUAAGCUUACUCUCCCUAGUAUCCUUCCAUUGGUAGUUGCAAACUUGCACAAUACAUUGCUUUGUUUCGAUAUCUUCACAAGAAAUGUGCAGUUAGUCGCUGUAACUACUGGUGCGCCCCACAGCUAGCUAGUGGGGUUACAGGAGAGCAAGAAAGACUUUGCAUUAUUCUACUGGUGAUUAAUUCCUAUACAUUUAUGUCUUCCCUUAAUUA